AUGGGUUUUGACGUGGAAAGGUUACUAGACCCUGUGGACGACGAUUUGAAAUGUGGAAUAUGUUUUGGCGUUCUAGAAGAACCCUUAGCUACCCCAUGUGGACAUGUGUUCUGUGCCCAGUGUUUGGUUCGAUGGACAGCGGAGAGCGGCUACUGUCCUCAUACAUGUGAGCAGAUUUCUGUUGACGAUCUCAAGAAAAUUCUGCCACUAAGUUGCCUUAUCGCAAAGCAAAAUAUUCGAUGUGAAAAUUUUCGCCGAGGUUGCCCGGCCAUUUUAAAAGUAGAGGAUAUUCACUCGCAUCUUUUAAAAUGCCAAUUCGUGAAGGAAAAUUCUUCCGGAGGCAGAAUUAUGGAACGCAACAGAGCGAACUCCCCGGAAGCUCGCGAAUUUACGCGAGUAGUAGUAUGUGAAAAUGGCUGCGGCUUGCCGCUGCUCUAUCAGGAUUCCAACGCACAUGACUGCAUAAAAGCCCUUCAAGCGCAAGUCGCUUCGCUCCAAAUGAAAUUGACAAGGGCGGAGCAGGAGAAGGAAUUGGCCUGUGAAAGAAUAGCCAAGAGGGAAGAGGUUUUUCAGGACCGAAUUUUAAAUCUGGAGAAUGAGUUACACAGCUACCAGAUUCAAGUGCUAAAUUUCGAAAGGCAAUUAAAGGAAUACCGCUCUCAAGUAGGAUUUUUAAAGAAGCAUACAGACGAUGAAGCCGAUCAGGUAGGUGAUUUAUGAAUGAGCUGUGUAGCUUAGUGUUUAGUUGAUUAUGUUUUGUUCCAAUUGAGCGCGCAUGCAGACGCAGUGAUAUGUUUGAUUUGGGGACCAAACCGCAGAAUAGCUUGUAUGUUUUGAACGUGCAGUGAGCUAGCUAGAUCAAUACCCGGAUCGUUUUGAUCAAUUAGUAGGCUCUGUGGGGUCCACAGAGGUAGUGAUUCCUCUAGAGGCCUAAGGCACCUUACAAAAAAACGCCUCUCUCUGUCUCUCCCGAAGCGCGCAUUUUUUAGAGAGUUGUUUUAGCUCGAGUUUGCUUCCAACUAUAACCUACUGAGUACUCAGUCUUAUACACUCUUAGCGCACGUCGCUUAUUAAGCUAAACAAUAGCUUGCGCCAUGGACUGUGAAAGUAGUUUCGCUCGAAUUUAUCCAUUAUAACCGACACCCGACUGUUUUUCUAGCCAAGGUGAGCGACACUUUAUUAAGUUGUAAGUAAACAGACACGAGCGAAUUUAUACGUUUUCUAUGUGUUUUUGAUUACCGCUGCCAAUCGGUUGACUUUCAUAUAUCCUUUGACUUGCAGGCCGCCGAAGAAAUAGAAGUCGAAGUGUCUUUAUCCAGAGUGGACGGAUCUCUCGGUUUCAAUAUUAUGGGGGGCGCAGAGGUAUUAUAUUUUGUAAAGGUCUCUUGGUUAUUCUAGACAGCCCCGAUGCUCUGAAUCGUCACUUGUUUGAGAAUUUCGUUCGCGUCGCGCAAGUAAUCUCUUUGUUCGCGCAGUACGUGACACGAUCGGUCUUAAGAAUCCUGUUCUCAUUCUUUCGUCUGCUUCUUUGUUUUCUUUACAACUCGCCCGAAAUUUAUUCUGGCGGAGAACGCGACUUGCACAGGCAUGUGGUGCGAGAUUUGUUAGAAGAUUAUCACAUAACUAAAACCUUAUCAAACUCUAAUAAUUUUGUUAUCACGUCUAGUGAAACUCUGGGCGAUCUGACUGGUAUUGUGGCGAUUGAUAAGUAGGGUCCUUUAAGAAAGUUCCUUUGAAAGUGAACUCGUCUUUGUUUUGUUUUUGAAAGAAUGUACUCAUAAACACGGUUGGAUACCGAUGUAGUGAAAUAAAUGAGUGCACUUUUGUCUGUUUUCAAAUAUACUACGUUGUAAACCGCCGCGCGCGUUCUGUCGCGUUUCGCUUUCAUCGCGCGGAAACUUUGGAUUUCGAUACCCACGCAUUCCUUCUCGACAGCUACAGAAUUCUGCGUGUCUUUGUUUAGUAACAAACACUUCACUUUUCGCCGUUUUUAUUAUCAGGUCGGAAACAAUUCAGUUGGUGGUGGUAUUGUGGUUUCCAAAGUAGCAGACGGCGGACCGGCCUCGAAAGAAGAAGGACUUAAAGUUCAUGACAGAAUAUUGAAGGUAAGACCUGCUGCCGUAUUUGUCUUAACGCCCAAACAAAGCCAUUCUCGCGCGCGUGUAUUACAGUAAAAUGUACAAGAUCUCUUUCAUCAUUUGCAUGACACCGUCGGUGACACGCAUAUCUUUAGAGAGCCGCUCGUGAUAUUAAAUUCAUCUUUUGUCUCGCUAACCGACCUUAUAUACGCGCUUCAGCGGUGGGUUGUUCAUUUUAUGAAGCCUUCAUUGCUAAAGAGCUGCUCCUAAAAGGAUUUAUUUACAGAGAAUUGGUCGUAAUUUAGCUCAGCGUAUUAAAUAUUUUGUACGUUUCCGACUGUCAGCUUCGGAUUAAUGAACUAACUAACAAACCAUAUGCUUCCGUUGCUAAAGGAGAGACACUUUACAAGCUUGAUUACCACUUGUAAACAAAUUUGGCUUGCCUUUACUUAUACCACGUUAUCUUAAGGGGAAUUGGAUUUUACCACUCAGAGCUUUGCGCUAACGCGAAAACAGAUAACUCACGACAUUUUAAUUUCUCAAACAAAGACAGCUUCCCAUGGCGAACUGAAUUGAAAACCUCAAAGCCUUUUCUCUGACACUGUCGUGUUUAUUUUUCGCUUCAAGGACUCGUUUGAUGUUUGAAUAUGUCCCACCACGUGGCCUAUGUAUAAUUCAGGCGCUCUCGCGGCGAUUUUUAGUCUCCUGUUUGUUUACCAUGCUGUACGUUCAACAGUUCAAAAUAGAUCAAGUAUUUGGCCUCGCUUGCUCCUCAGACCUCAUGUGAAAUGUCAAUCUUUUCUCCGCAGUUGGAAACCACUGCCCUGUCACGCGAGAUUCCUGAGUUCUCGCUGCGAUAAGAAAAGAAAGAGACCAAUUUGCUUUUGUGAGUUUCUUUGCCCACCUGCGCGAGCAAAAAUAAAUUAUACAAACCAGGAUGUAUUGUGUAGGCAUAGUCCAGGCUCUCGCUGUGUUUUACAAAAGGCGUUUAUCGGAAAUUGAUCUGUUAGUUGAACAAUAUACAGACUGAAGUUUAGGUUUUUCAGAAUAUUAGCAAGCAACCAAGAAUUGACAACAAUGCACCAAUAAACUUCCCGUAGCCAAAGGCGAGACAAAAGUUUGUAGAUUUGUGGAACGAAGAGACAGUAGUCUAAAUGAAUUAUUUAUUUUUGUCUUCUCGCACAGCCCGUUGUCUUGUUGUGUUGCCUUCCAGACAAACAAAAAUUUGCGAAUCUAGUUCAAGGAAAUAUGAAAGAAAAUCCUUUUGAAAGAUAUUUGAACUUUUCAGCUUCUAGGGUCAAAAACGGCUUACAUAAUACGCGCGUAACCGCGAUGGUAAAAUCUCUUUAAUAUUUCCCCCAUACCUUUCAACUGCAAAAGGGCACGUCUGUAAUCCUUCAUCAGCAAUUCAAGUAUGGUUUCUAAGGUUUCAUAAAAUCUCGUAAGAUAUCAGUAUGCUUGUCCGCAAAAGAAUCUUAAACAUGUAGCUUCUCAUGAGCUUGAAAUUUGUCUAACUUCUGGCUACGCGCUUAUGUAACCCCUCAAUGAACAAGUUAUUUCUUCGAGUAAAGUAUGAAACUUUGACGGUAAAUAUUAGCUUGCUACUUUUCUGCUGAAAAAUGAUGAUAUUUCGCCGGGGAAAAAUAGUGCAGAGCCAACAUGUAGAUUUUUAUUGGUAGCCGUAUCAUAUCGCUUGGUGAAAAACCGGGGUGGAGGAAUCUUUCAUCGCUAGUCUCUUGUAUCAAAUGCCGAUUUCCUGUUCUGUGUCCAAUGUUAUGAUAGACAUUGGAGAAACACACAUCGUAAGUAUUUUGAUAUAGCGUUACAACAUUAGGAAAAUGAACGACAGAAUUAACAUCAAACAAUAAAUCUCCUUCUCUUUGACCUUCAAAGGUCGCCUUGUAAUUUCACGGCUUUUACAUAGAUCACUAUCGCUCCUUUUACGUGCUGACUAUAGUAUAAAAGCUAUAUCUCAACAUAUGACCUCGAUCAAAGAACCCAUUUAAAGUCGUAAAGUGACUUGUUUGUAACAUUUCAGAUAUAUUGAUUCGGCGUUAAAAUUUCCUUUCGGGUGCCGAAGUUUUGGCUUCGCAAAGUCUAAGAGCCUAGGUUAGCUUAUUAUUUUCUUUAAUUCAUGAUAUUUCGGUCGAUUUACGUUUUUAAGAGGUAUUGUGUCAGCGUGGGUUCUAGAAAAACCAUUUCCUCAAUUCCUCGGGUCUCAGUUCCAAAACAAUUAUCAAAAACCCAUCAAAAGCUCUUCCGUUCGAAGAAGAUUAAUCGUCAGUCACUGACAAGUGGCUGAAAGUGUGUUCAGCCAAAUUUAAAUAUUGUUCUCUGUCCGUAACAUUUUUAAUUGACCUUUGAAUUUUCGAUACAACCAUACGCUGUUUUGUAACUACAGGAUCUGUUAAUCCUUAAAAGCUUAGCUUUUGUUAUAUGCUUUGCAUGAGAAAAUAAUCGCGGCAGUAUUUGUUGAUAGUUUUGUGAGGUGUAAUCUAGAUUAAAGCCGGUAGAAAAACUAUGAGUGGUACAUUCAUUAGAAUAUGUACAAAAAAUAGAAUUGAGGGAAAACUAGAAUAAUUUUUUGUGAACAACGAAAAUAAAAUUUUCCGCAUAUUCUAAAGAAUAUUUCCCAUUAUUAGCGAUUUGCUCUGCAUGACAACGUUGUCAAAUAAAUAAAAUAUUUGUCUUAGUAAUAUUUGAAGAAACAAGGUGUUUCGUAUACUAAGAGUGAUUAAGAAUUCCCUGCUGUUCGUUAAAAAGGUGUUUUAUCGAAAUAUUGUGUGGUUUUUCCGUAAUACAAAAGAAAGGACGCAAAGUUUGAACUUUGACGUGAUUUCAGGAACAAAAAGGAAUUUGAUAAAAUCGCGUCUAUGUGUUAUAAACAGUACAAGUAUACCGGACAGCAGCAGAUUAAAAAAGAUAAAUAUACGCCUGAACAUCGUAAAGCUUGGAAAUAACAAGCGUAUUUCAUGUAUUAGUAAUGUAGAACUCUAUUAACUGAACGAAAAUUCCUUGAAGUUUAGUCGAGUCAUCAAAGGAUUUACCAAGUUCCCUGGUAUAAUUUAUUCAGUAUUUUAGUGAAUACUUUUUAGUGACAAUUCGAAAAGGGAGAAUGGUCUUUUUAGAAUUUAACCGAAAAGACUUGAAGCCGUUUAAUUUACAAUAGCUAAAAUGCAGCUUAAUGUUGGUGCGAUGAAAGGCUGUUCGACUCAUUAAGUGACGGUAAGUGAAAAUCACUUUUCUAAAAUGCUAAACAAGACAGCGACAUUAAGAUAUAGAAAUACGUAGCCGACUGGCUCCUUCUCGCGCAGUUGAUUACUUAUAGCAUAAGCCGGCUGACAAGUGAUUAUCUCUUGUCUGAAAAAGAAAAAAAAACUGUUAAUUUUUCCCGAAUUAACGAAUGAACCAUUUUCUAAUGCCGCCUAACGAACUAGUAGCAAUUCAUAAAUAUUUUUCCUAUUUAAAAUUCAUUUGGCCGGUCAUGCUUUAAAAAGGCAGAAGUUAUCAAAUUUUCAACUAAGUGUACUAAAUUGGAUUUAAAGAAACACAAAGCAAGAAACCGUUUUACAUUAUUUAUUGUUUUUGUAUACCCACGGCAGGUGUUUGUCUGCAAACGGUAAUGAAUUUAGACAAACCGAAACAUUCUUAAUUUAUGCUAUUUCCCUAGGAGCUACUUUUUUCGAUUAUUUUAUACCAAAGAUAUAAAUAUCCAGAACUAAAGCCGAUAAAAUAUACAAGUCGAAAAUUAUAAUUAACGCGCAAAAUGCGGCGUUUUAUCGCAUAUUUUUGACUGCCCGUUGAGUAGAUAAAUCUGGUACAGUGAGUGAUACAGGGUCCGAUUUUCACGGCGGCUCCAAAAAAUAAAAUGUAUUUGUUGUCACCAUAUUUACGGCAAAUUUUCUACUGAACAGGAUAUUUAACUCUUUUGAACUGUUUUCUGAAAAAAAAACCUAUGAAAAUAAAUUUGAUUCAUUUGUCAUGCCGUGCAAAAAUACAUUCAUUAGCAUUGUUGAAUUGCGGAAAGUCAUUCAGCAUCCUUUAUGAUAAAUAUUAUUUUUGAUUUUGUGUCCAAGAAACUAACUCUCUUAAAUUUAAUGCUAAAAAAUUUAUUAAAAAACCCUGACGUCUCUCUUGUAUAUUACUAUACUUCUUGUUUUCCGAAAAAUGAAAAAUUUUUGUUGGAUACAUUUUAAAGGAAGAUCGCAUGCUAACAUGUUAAUUAACAAAGAACCAUCCAUUAGGUCGUGAUACCAACCUCGUAAUAGGGAGAAAAAUAUUGACAUAAGUUUCAAAUUAUCCACUUGUUUCUCUGUCGUUAGUGGUAAAUAUUAUCAAUGUUUUUCAAAGUAGGACUUUCAAAGUCACGGAAGGUGUGUGAGAUAUAUAUUUUAAGAUAUCGCGGUAAAGUGUCCUCGAAAGUAUCGUCUAGGCUGAUUAUUACGAAAGGUGAGUGAAUUCAAACUUGAGCAAAACUUUAAGAAUUGAAAUUCAUCGUGGUUUGUUUGCAGCAAAAAUGUACAGAUUUUAAUGUAUUUUACGCGGAAGAUCUAAUGGUCACCAAUAUGUAAUGAAACUAUUUUUGUAGCAAACGUAUCCAAUAUCUUCUAAGUUCAAGGUAAAAAAAAAUAAAAAAUAAAAUACGCUAAAUAUAGAAGUUCAGGAACAAAACAUAUCACUAACUGUUUGGGAUUUGCAAAAGUAAUUUAAUUAUUUUAAACCGAUUUUUUUUUUUUCAAUAUCUAUAAGGCGCACUUUUCCUUGUAGGAUUUCAUGGACUAAUUUGGUCAAAUUGAGAAAAUCCUUUCAAAGGUAUCUGACUGAUUCCCACGCAAUAUUGCAAAAGGGGAUAUUUUAAUGUUAUCAGUGAAUAGAUUGGCUUGACCGCGGUUGGUCGGAGUGAAAAGCGAAAGAUAACUUUUUUAAGAUAGUACAUUUGGAAAGGUAAACCUUGUCUAGAUAAAUUUGUUUAUAUGAACUAGCUGGAAUGCCAGAGACCUACAGAAGUUGACCUUUUAAAUCGGUAUAUUUUUAAUAAUAUGGGGGGCAGCUGUAUGAUUUCACAGCGAAAAAUUUCUACCGUUUUACGUUGGUCACAAUUAGUUGCUUGUAUUUGCCCCAAAGCGUUUUGUCAGUUCGUCAAAUGCAAAGCACUCUAUUGGUUCCCGUUUCUGGACGUUUGAAGGAUCGUCAAAAAAACAAAAAGAGACAUCGAUGUUAAUGAUUUCACACGAGGGUUAUUCGUGCCCGUAAUGUUCAUACAAACACCUUUGAAUUGUACAUUGUAAUAAUAUUUAGUUACAGCACAGAUUUAUAAUCAGUUUUGCGUUUUUCUUAGUGGUAUUAAGCGAACAUAAAAGCUCUCAGGCGAUUCUUACGAAAAAGAUUCGAAUUCUCUGUUAAAUUGACUCUAAUGUGCUUUUGCAUUCUUUCGAUGUCGAAAAUUUUGUGCCAAUCUAUUUCGCUGAUACAAAUAACACAUGGCCUGAAGAUUUGCUUUUGUAUCUAUCACUGAAUCAUUCUACGACUCUGAAUUGCCUUUCUAAAUAGCCAAAAAUGGCAAUGUUUUUAGCAUUGAAAGGAUAACUCUAAUAAAAACAGACGUAAACUGCAUCUGGCAAAUCGAUCCUUCAACCAAGACUAAUGAUGAACGGAGCAGAUUUUCGCUUCAUUAUCAUCAGAAAGAUAUCGACGAAGGAAAUGCUAUCAGAUAGAAUUUGAAUUGUCCCUGGGAUUGUCUCGUUCAUACAGGAUGUGGUUUCAAAUAGUGAUUGAAGUUCCUGUGCAAAAAGCGAUGAACCUUGAUGAUAUUUUCUUUUCGUACAUAAUUUGUUGUGGAAUCGAACCCACAGUAAAUUUAACUCGUUAUCGCUUUUCAAAUCAUUGACCCUCACAUUCCUUAGAGUGCCAAAAAUUCCGAAUUUCAUUAAAGAAAUAGAAAAAGACACAAACUCAAAGAAGACCAUGUCAAAGUACUGCUGAAGAGGUUUCAUUUGACACACUGUUGCACUACAUGGGCCCGGCCUGCGUUCUUUCCAAGUGUAAUCACCUACUGAAACGUGUUUAGCCCAAUAUUUAACUGCGACUUGACUUUUCUGUCUCUCGUUUGUAAUUUGGAAGAAUAUUUCUUUACGUCUGUUUUAGGUCAUCAUCGUACGAUCUUGCCAAUCUUACCACACCCCCCAUUAUACUAAUGUAUGCAUUAAGCUAUUGUCUAUCUUUUUUCUGGCACAAAAUUCGACAAAACCUCAACGCGUCAAUACAAAUGUUAUCAGUAUGUGCAGCUAAUUUUAAAAGGACGCCUAUAUUUUUGACAGAUGUACUCGUUGAUGGCUCCAUUUUACCUUCCUGGGCGGUAGUCAGUUUACAGUCGUGAUAACCUCGUAGAAAUGAUGUCUUAAACUGUAGCUCGAUUUGAGAUAAAACCCCAUUUUCUGCGCACAGCAUCUACACUCCUGACACCAAAUGAAGGUGACAAAUCUUUCGUUGGUGAAGGAGAUUCCAUCCUACUGCUGUUAUUACCUGGCAACUGAGAAACACUUUAAUAUGUCUAGGAUGCAGAGAGUAACCCAAAUUGUCAAGAGAUGUCGUGGUAUCGAUUUCAUGAAAAUUGUUACCAUGCUGUCCCACACAGGCUGCAGAAAGUUAAAGCAAGUGUCACAAAAUGCAAUCAGAACGACUUUUCAAUAUGCUUUAAAAAGAAGUAUAUUAAGACGUGUCAGAAAACGCAAAUCGUAUAUCCGUUUCUUAAGUUAUUUCAGUAGUGUAAGAAAACAGAACAGAUCCAUUUGUAAGAAGACGCUACGCAAGCGUUGUAGACGAAAUAAAGAUAACAAAUGAACCAUUUAAUGUGAUUCAAUUUACGGGUUUGAAGGACCGAGGAGGAUGGAAUUUGCCUGGGGCUUUCUGAUUUGACAUGUGAUAAAAAGGUGCGGGAUAAGCAAGUUUUGAUAGGGUGAACAGUGUUCAUUGAUAUUUUUGAAAUUUAAAUCUUCUGAUGUUUGGAAGAGCGAACAAGAAGCUUGUAAGUUAAAUAUUGAAAUUUUUGAAACAUAAACAGACAAACGAAUAUAAACGAAACAAAGCAAAACAAAAGUUGGAUAACAAGAGGAAAUAGCAAAAAAACUAUUUUGUGUCAACAUAAUUUAAUAAUAGUUUUAUUCCUUAGGUGUUAGCCUGUAGACAAUACAAAAUUUUAUCAGCUAGUAGUGUUUUGAAUCGUGCUUUCCUUUGCAAAAGCCAAAGCGAACAGCUCAACAAAUUCUGGGAACCAAUGUUGAUUUGUGAAGUUUGGGUUUCGGUCAGUGCGGAAAGAAAUCAUGUUACCAGCUGCAGAAGAUUGAUUUGUUAACCUACUGCUUUGAUUUUGCGCCUGGCUGAUGGGGAAACAGAAAGACUUACCCUGGCCAUAACAAUUUCUUCUUAUAUUCACUUAAGGAAAUGCGGUUCUUAUCAAGACGUGUAAAUUGAUAAGAACUGAUUUUGUUUUCUGGCGUCAGACUGCUGGGCAUGCUCUACUGACGACAGAAUUUUUAUGAACUGCUACACAAAACGUUGAAAUCUUUGAAAAUCGUAAAUCACUUGUUCUUAUUGUUCUUUUCGAUGUUUCACGUUGCAGGUCAACGGAACAGAUCUCUUAGAAGCGAGUCACGCUACAGCUGUGGAAGCUAUCAAGAGUGCCUCUGAACCGCUGCAUAUUCUGGUGAAACGUAAGCGAACCGACGUGAUACCCUUUGUCCAGUACGUCCCUGAAGUGAUCUCAUCUGGAACACAGACAGAUCUCUGCCUUUCUCAAGAAAUAGAGAGUAUGGACACGGAUAGCGGAAUACACGACAGAUACAGCCCUCGACAGGAUUUGUUGAAUCCCUUCGAGAAAUCACUUGACGACGGAACAAGUAGUUCCGAAUGCUCACGCCGUCGUUUGGAGUCAUUCUGCAGAGACGAUGUAGAAAAUCUGCGGUCGACAAGCGAGAGCUUGCCGAGCUCUGAGAACAUUGUCAGUAGUGAGCAGGGGACAUUGCCUCGAGUCACUUUCGCUGUAAAAGAUGUUAAUUACGUGAACAAUGUAGAUGAGAACUCAAACUGUAGGUUGGAAGGACAAUCGUACGUGACUGCAGUUUCUGACGAAAUAUAUUUUGACCCUGAGUUCGACUAUGAAUAUGAGGUGAGUAUUGGUUGAUUACGUCACACUUGGACGCCUAAGAGUGCGAGAAAAUAUACUUGCCAUAACAGUAUUCUCGAAAACAAGGCGUAAGGCGCAUAUCAAAGCCUUCGUACAUCCGGUGCCCCGUUUUAAGUGGUGUAAUUAUUUGAAUGAUGUGUGAUAAUGGACUCAGAGAAAACUCCACGCCUUUAUAACCUUGACCAAGAAGUACUGUCCGUUGGCUUUCAACAGAAACAUUUCAUUGAGGGUCCCUUAACAGACAGUGGUAAAUGCCUUCUUUUCCUGCGGAUUUUACCUGGAAUUCCCGAAGGAGAGUCAAAAAGCGGUGUUGUGAAUGUACUGGUUGAUAACCAAUAUUUUGAAAAGAAUUUCGAGACUUGAUCUUGGCCUUCUGAAGAAGGUCGCGCGUACACGUAAAAGUUGAAUCUCUCUUAACUUGCUUUUACGCGCGACCUUUUAUACAUUGUUUCUAUUUUGUCUCUUUAUUUUUGGCGCGUAAAUUUACAUGCGCACGCAUUCGUGCGUAAACGAAAAAGUUGAACCUCGCUCAACUUUUAAGUUUACCCGCGUCCUUUCAUACAUUGCCUUUAUUUUAUUUCUUGCUUAACCCUAACCUUAAUUAACCCGUAAAAAUUACGCUGCAGUGGAAAUCCACCCUUAGCAUGGUUGCCACAGAUCAGGAAAUGGUCAAGGCAAAAAUUUUUCUUUAAUGUCAGAGAAAAGUCAGGGAAUUUCACUUCGAGUCAGGGAAAAUUUAAGUCUUGGAAAGAAGUUAGGGAAAAGAGAAAUUUUAAGAGUACAUAUUUAUUUUCUACUGUAUUUUAAAUUCUUUUGCACGUUUUACGGACACGAAUCAUAUUGUAUUGGUAUAAUGUCCAUGAAAUUGAACGCAAGCUGAUGUUGGGUUUCCGAGAAAGUCAAUCCUUUUUGCACAUAUUGUCAAGGAAGUAUCAAUUCAUGUACACUGAAGGUGACUUUCUGAAAGCAUAAAAAAAUGGCUGUGAGGGGAGAAUUUAGUCCAUUUUCUGGACCAAAUUGUAAAAUUGUUAAUUCAGUUGGUCAGGGAAAUUUUAAAUUUGUCAGGGGAAAGUCAAAGAAUUUCAGAACCCUCUGGCUGUGGCAACCAUGUUAGGUUUGUUCAAAAGGGAUUGGGAAACAUCUUACAUAUACAAUACUAACGCCAAAGAGGUUUCACUUGUAUGCAACACCAAAGGAUUUCAUCCAGAUUCGAAAGUUAGAAUGACAAACCAUCUCACGACAACACAUGAUUUAAGUCCUCGUGGCCCGAUUUGUCUUACGACCUGUCGAUCCACGUUUACUAUCCUGGCCUUUUGAACCGAAAGUCCAGUCCGCUAAUCUUUAUGUGUUUUUGUUUUGACUGAAUCCGUUCCAGGAAAUAACUCUCUGGAUAGCAAACAGUGAUCUAGGAUUAACAUUCUGUUGCGGGGAAGAAGAUGAAUCUACGGUACAUGUGUGCGAGGUAAGCUAAUUGAUUAACCGGAAAAUGAGAAAGAAAAGCUUAGAUCUGGUUACGCGACUGUUUUGUACUUUAAUUACACAAAAGUACGAAGCAUUACUCUAGACGCCAUCGUUACGUAAUUGAAAGCGCUGUACUGGCAACUGUCAACAUUUUUUCUCUUUCCUCCCAAAUGUUUUGUGACUGAUUCAUUGAGCAGAAACGUUGGCUGCUUGCCUUAACCAGCUGGAGAUUGCACGCCUUGUAUUAUGAAGAACCGUUUUAAAUAGGUUUGGUUCUGUCAAGCAGAGGCAGAGGCAAUUAAUGGCGACCCAAUAGAAGACCUCGGUAUGUGUGCCUGUCGACUGUAAUCUGCGGACUAUUAUCUUGUUACUUCCCUCAUCGGAGAUCUUUUCUGAUCACCAUAAUCUUGUUACUGAGUUAAUGUGCCUUGAUCUUGUUAGAGUCGUUCAAUUUGAAAAAACCACAUCGCGAUCUUGUUUGCAUACCACCCACUGUUCUCCUUAGUCCUUUCCCUGGCAAUACAACUGAAGUCAAGACUGUUAAGACAAGACUAAAACUGCCAGAUCUAUAAACCAAUAUUAUUAUUCGUCUUGACCAGGGGAAAGCGGUUACUUACAUCCCAUAACCUCGUGCAAUUUUCUAUGCCGAACAUUCCUUCAUUUUUGGCUAAUUUGGGAGGGCCUAUUCAGUUUACGUUUAAACUUUUUAUUUAAGUAAGUGCUUCCGGAAUGAAAAAGGCUUAGCCUUGCCGAAAUCGCAAUCAAUCAAUAAAUCUUUCCCGCAUUCCUGUAAACAAAGGAGCGGAAUGGAGCGGAAUGCGGGAAAGGCCUAAUGAGCGUAAAUUACCGCCAAUACAUUUUUGAAGACUCUAUUUUCUAUUGUUACUUGUUAUACACUUGCUUUCUCAGUAGGUAAUGGCUGGCUUGUUUGAAACGUCCGCUGACAUAUAGCAAGUAGACACCCAUGAGCCAACAAAAACAAAAUGUCCCUGACUUAUUAAAGUAAAUCAAGGUUAUUGUGGUCUUUUAAUGCAAAAAAAAAAGUUGUCGAAGACGUCUUUGUUCUUGACCGUUAAUCUUCCCCGACACCCUUUCGUACCUGCGGAAUCACCCUCUUUCUAGAGGAGUUCAAAAGAAGACCAAAUUUGUUAUUUCUUUUGACAGAUUGAUCCCGGUUCCGUGGCAUACCUUGAUGGAAGAUUGACCCUGUGGGAUGAAGUUUUGAAGGUAUGAGAUAUUCAGUGAAGGCGUCAACUAGUUGUAAACUGUUACACAGGGAAACCCUCUUUAUUCGAACAUCACAGGGACAGAGCCAUGUGUCCGCAUUACAAAGGCAUCCGUAUUAUAAGGGUAGGAAUUUGGUAACCUUGGUAUCUUGGCCAAAAAAGUCAAGAAACUGUUCGCUAUUGAGGCGUCCGUAGGUUUUGCUUAACUUCUACGCUGACUCGCAGCCAAACCUUUAAAAUCUAAAUGUGUCUGCGAAGAGCUUGACGCGGUAAAUCUAUUUAAAAUCUAUAGUGGCAAAGCGAGUUCCCUUCAUACACUAAACACGAGUUGGGCGUCUUUUAACGUAGAAAUACAAUUGAAGGCGCAGUUUCACAAACUUCAGACGCGCGAAGUAAGAAAAGUCGGAACUGCUGAACUACGCGAUACCACUGUUCAUAAAAGGAAAUCGCGAUCGAUCCGCACUUGUUGGAGUAAUUAACGUGACUGCAACUGUUCAUUUCUUUCCGCAGAUCAAUAAUGUGCCUGUUACGCACAUAGGUGAUAUAGAGCCAUUGGUUUAUGAAUCAUCCGAGACUAUCAAGUUUCUUGUAGCACGGCCGGCUCAAGAGGUUUGUACAUCAUCGAAACAUUAUUUCAACCCUUUAGCCUUAAGAGUGAUCAGCAUCAAAUUUCUCCUUGUAACCUCAAUGCCUUGUAAAACAGAGUGGUUAUGAGAAUUAUGGAUAUGAUCACACAAGAUGAAUUUGCUUGAUAUUUUAGCAACUUCUCCCUAAUACUUCUGUAGCAAAUCAAUAAGGCAACAAAUGAGAAUUCAAAUUUUGAUCUUAAGGUUUAAAGGGUUAAUUAUUACUGUUACUGUGUCACCUGUGAAAAUAGAUUUUCCGUAGCAAUAUGAGGUAGUCGGGGGUGUUCCUACUAAACGUGAGUCUAAAGGAAUAAAAAGCUUUCGUGGGAUAAGAUAAGACAGGAUAUGCAAUUUAACUUAAGUGCACAGGUAAACCAAUCAAUAUAGCAUGGUAUCCUGUGGCUUUCGCCUAUAUGCUUUGGCUUGCGUUGAUGCCUCAUUCCUGCCACUCACGUCAUGUGAUACAUGGUAACAGAUGAAUUUAGCUAAGUGGACUAUGUUAAGUAGGAACAUUUUUAUUUGAAUUCCUUUGGCAAACUUUAAGUGAGAUUAAGGAUUCCUGGUGCGCCUACUUGCAAGAUUUAGUUUGCAUUGAAAGAGUUUGAAACUGUCGAUAAGAGGAACAGACAAGUUAUGAGGGUUUUUCUUUUUUCAAUUUUAGUCUGAUGAAUGAUUGUGACAUUCAGUGGAAAUAUUAUAAAAUCACGGAGAAAACGCGCAAAAUGUUCCGCAAUUUGUUUGUCCGCACUUAGAUAACGGAAGCAAUGCUUUUUUCUCUCCUCGUAAUAGUAUCGUGGCCAGUAGUUACAUUUACUUUGUAAACUCCGUCUUAUAACAGAGGGGAAUGUUCAUAAUCUGUAUAAAAGAAAUUUCUGCACGCAAUAUUCUUGAGGAUUGCGUGUUUGUAUGUAUUUUCAAAACACAAAUCUGUUCCUUUAUCAAUAAAACCUAUUUUAAUACGGCAAGGUGUAGAGCUCAAGUUGCUUUUUAAUAGCGAUCAUUUUGUCGACUUAACUUGUUUUUCUUAAGCAGCGUCACGGAAUGGUUGUUUGUCAGCCCUGUAAAAGGACGUGAUUAAUUUUUUUUAUUUGCAAGAGGUUUCCAACCUUGCCCUCAAAAGUGGAAUUUUAUAUCGCAGAAUUAUAGAACUGGUUAAUAGCUGUUCAUAGACCUUUAUGUCGUGCACUUGACAUAAUUGGAUUCUAUGUUCUUUCGGUUUUCUCUUUAUACGUAAAAAGCAUUUCACAAUGGAUAUCGUCUUAAUGUUAAUCCACUGUUAAACAUCUAUUUUUAAUCCUUAGCAAAACUACUGAAUGCUACUAUACGAUAAAACAUAACGUUUCAAACAAUAUACCGUGUAAACUUCUGAAACUUGCGUUUCUUGCGAAAGUCUAGUUUCAAAUGCCUGGUGCUGGUUUAUAUCGCAACACAAGGUCGAUAGUGUCUUAUUUGAUAAAGAAAAAUCGUAUGUUGAUUGAAAAGAUCAAAAGCGUUGAUUUAAACAGUUUCGGAAGUACGUUUAUUAUGCGUCUGGUUUGUAAAAGUAAAAACGUGAAGCAUGAAGGAAGCUGGAAAAAUGGGUCGCGUCUGCGAGAACAAGCAAAGGCAAGCUUAAUUGCGCUUUUGGAGGUCUUUCUGUUACAAGUUUACUUUAAAAAGUCUUUCUUUGUUUUAGGGGGUGUUUUGGCGUCUAGACAAUACUUUCAUUAGAUACUAUGAAUAGACUUUAAAGUAGAUCUUUGUACACUACUUAUGCUCAAAUUUAUCACAAGGCUGUGCCAUAGGGCAACCGUUUAUAGACUUAAAUGCAGAGAUCUCGAUAACUUUAACUUUGAGAGCAUCCGCAUUUCUUUCGUGUAGUGCUGUAUUUCUAUAGAGCCAGACAUGGUGGCUCUUGCUAACUCAGUAUGCGUUCUUAAUUUAAGUUCAGAUAGCUGUUUACUAUACUCUAAAACUACCCUUAAGCGAAGCUGUGGACUUUAAGUCUGUUAGUCUUGGUGUUUAACAGUAUCAAGUAGCUUGAUCUUGUUCAACGUAUUUCCUUUUGGGUGAAAAAGUCCAAUAACUGUCUCAUCCAUAAAAAGCUUUGCGGACAAAAAAUUAUCUUCUUACUGAAAGCAAAUUAGAUUAUAUUUCACAGAGCCGACAACCUGCCUGCCGAACUCAGACAAAGUUAAUCUCGUUGUAAUUCGCCUUGGUAUUUAAUGCGAAAAUGGUAUAAAAAAUAAUUAGCCGCAAUUUUUUAAUGGUGAUUAACAGUGUUAAAUCCAAUUAAAAUACCAAAGGUGAAAUCGUUCGUUUAACAACCAUGAUAUCGAUCUUCGUAGUGAAUGGAGGCCUGUAAGGAGAGAACCGAUAGGUCACAUUGUUAUUUGCUCCUUGUGUUUCCAAUAUAAUUGAAGCUACUUAUCUGUUCAUAGGUGUUACCCCUGGGGGAAAAUGGGAUUCCUUGAUGUAACCCGCGGGGGAUGAUUUACAUUGGUCGCAUUAAUAUUAUAGAUCGUUAAUUAAGCCAAUUUAUUCUUGUGUCCUCUAGGUGCAAGCCACUCUCAUAGGUAGCGAGGGAAGCCAGGACUGGAAUUUUAUUGACCCCAUAGACGAAGAUUUAGGAAACUUUAGAAUUGGCGUAAUCAAGGAAGAAGAAGAAGACGGAAAAGAUGAGUUAAGUAGAAACUUGACGAACGGGUAUAAAUGUGAGAAAGACAGUGGAGUCGGGAAAACCGACGAGAGUACGAAGAAUGACGAAAGCUCCGAGCAGGACUUCGGAGAGGACGCUCUUAUGCCACAGAACUCUUGUAAAACUCCAGAUGCCGAUGUUACUAAUAGCUUUGCUAUUGGUGAUACAAAUUCACCGGAACGGAAGAGCAGUUCAGAUUCUUCACCAAGUAGAGAGGAACGAGCGUUUUCUCCCAUACGGUCGGGGGAGAACAAGUCACCUAACAAAUCGACCCAAGUCGAGAAAGACUCUUGUCGGGAUAACAAAGAACGUUCUGAAAGCAGCUCAAAACGCCGUAGUAGUGAAUCUUCAAGUAAAAACUGUCUUUCUCCUACGCGAAAUGGUGGCUCGCCACCAAGAAAGGAUAAAGAGAGAGGAAAAGAACGAAAGAAGACGCGGGAUUCGCGUAAGGAUAGAUACGGCGAUGAAUCCCGCGGGGAACGCGAUCGUGAUCGUGAACGAGAGCGUGACCGUGAUCGAGAUCGUAGCCGGCACGCAGAUCACAGGCGAAGUAAUAAGCUCGGCAAUGUAAGCAGGACAAUUCGCGCGUCUUACAUAAGAGCUGUAAAUAAAGACUCUACUCAACACAUAAACUGGAUCGGUGAGUCGGACUGUUUUGGUGGGAGAUCCGAUCAUCAAGACCAUCGCAGCAAAAAGAAGACUAAUUUAAAUGACAAUCAGUCCCUGAACGGGUCUCAACAGAACAUUGAGUGGAAAGUGCGCAUGUCCAAGGAUGGCAGUCAAAUUUUUGUUCGCAAGCGGCCUGCCACACCCGCUAGACAAGCGAGAAACAAACUUCUCCGCGAACGUGCGCAAAAAAUCACGGACGAACGCAAAGGCUUGACUACGGAUGAUGACACGCACACAGUCUACCAAGGCCGCUACUGGCCGCGCGAGGAACGGAGACGACAUCUAGAACGGGUGCGGGAAGCGCGCAAAAAGAAAUUUCAAAAACUGCAACAAAUAAAGGAGGCUGAAAGCCCGCACACGGGCAGCGGUUCUGAGAGUGGCAAAGGACGUAGGGAUUUAAUAGUGGAAAUGAGCCACAGAAGAAUGAACAGGAAUAAGCAACAACAUUUUGAUGACUUUACGACUGUUCGGGAGUAUCUAACCCAGCGAAACCCGGACGGGUCUCCGGUUGGUCCGAUACACGUAACUACCGUUUAAUACUGACCUUAAUAUAAGGCAUUUUGAUGGUUAAACGAGCGAAAAUAAUAUUGUUAUAGUUAAUUUGCUCUUCACAAGGGCUGGAGUUGUCGUUAUUGUUAGUAGAUUUACUUUAUUUUUUGCGCGUUGUAUUUACUAAAGUUAAAGUUAUGGAAUACCUUGUGGUAAUUGUUUUUUAACAAUACCAUCUACGACUUAUGUUAAAAAAAAAAAAUUCUCGCGCAAACAAAAGUUUUUACAAACCUUCUUACAAUUGUCAUUGGUGUUCCAGUUAGCCCUAGAUAAAUCGAUAAAAUAUAUUUAUCCGUCCAGGCAGAUAUUUGGAUAGAAACGUCACGCAAUCCUUUUCGCGGCGUUGCGUGACACGAGGUUAGAGACUGAAGAUGCAACGUUAUUUGUUGCCACACGAUUUCUUGUUCAUUGUCGGAAGCUUGUAAUUUAUUGCCACCCAGUUGUAUCUAUGUAAAAAAUAGUAAAAGAUGUAGUAUUAUGUGAAACAAACAAAUUUAACUAUUGUCAAAUUUAAUAGAAUUGAGGCUAUUUCCAUUUCUCCAAGUGAGAAGCGAAAAGGAUGUCAAAAUGGGUGUUCUCAAAGCUUUCUGGUUUCAGUUCUCCUUUGAGCAAGUGGAUCUGUAAAGGAGAAUUUAACACAGUUCCAUUUCAUUAAAAGAUCGAAUACACUCGGCGUGAAUACUAUUUUUCUCUUUUUUAACCGAAAUAUGCAGUAGCACUCGAUGGGAAAAGUUGACCCUUACUCCGAAAAGUGCAAAAAAUCAAUUUAAGGAAAAAAACCCAGAUUUCAUAUCACAGCUGAAUUAAUGAGAAAAUGGCACCAUGUGAAGUUACGAAGAGUCUUCAUUCAAAUGGUCGCAUCAAGAGACAUCGUCCUACAAAUUCAAAAGUUUUAUUCGGCUUCUUCAGUAUAUAUACCCUAUUUAGUCUUUUUGAUGUACAAAGACUAUAGUGUUAUUGGUUAAUGGGUAGCGCCAGUUGUGUUCUUUGCGACAAAACCCGGGACUAGGUGGGGCUAUAGACUUUGUAUUUAGUGCCCUAACCCAAACGUUAACUUCGCGUUACAACCACAUUUUGUCCUUUUCACGACAAUUUUUAGUAUUUUAGUGUAUGAAAUUUGGGAUUCUUUUUGUCUUUUGCCCUUUACUGGGAAUUAUUUAAAAACGCGUUAUUACGCAUUCUUUCUUUCUUUGUUGCUUCUGAAAGUUUCAUUGAAUUUAAACAUCGCCAGAUCAAGUUUUUAUGAUACAAAUGAACAGAGUUGUUGUUACUUUCACUUCAGCUAGUUCCUUGUAAAAAGUGUAGCUUAUUGGUGAAAGUGCGCUGUGGUAGCACAGAAACUCGAUUUCUUGGUGUUCUUUGUCGAGCAAAGAUUUAAAUAAUUUAUGUUAUUGCGAAUUUGUAAAUAAAAUUUAUUGAACAAGAGCAUUGAAUGCGUCAAUUCUUGGUCAGUAUCUAGUACUGUUUGCCUUCAGUUAAGUAACUUUUUCCCUUGGGCG